AUGAUGGGUAACCAUGCUCGAGCGUGGUCUAUGGAUCAACAACUAUCAGAUGAAUACUUCGAUAUUCCAGAUAAUGAUACUUAUCAUGUGCUUGAUGAGAUUGCAACUGAUAUGCCACAUGUAGAAUCGGAAAAAGCAAUGGAAAUUUGGUAUCCAAAUAUUUUUAAUUAUCUGGAAUCUCCAACAUGUCUUCGUUCGAUGGAAUCGUAUCUACCACCAUGGAUUUUACCUAAUCAAGCAUUCAAAUAUAUUGAAAAAGAAGAAGAAGAAAUAGUACCAUAA